AUGCACUUCCCCGACGAGGGUGCAGGUGGCAAGUGCAACAAGGAGUUCUGGAGCAAGUGGAUUCCACGCCGCGUCAAGCACAAUGCCUUCGUGCUCUCGCUGUGGGCGUGUGUGUGGCUGCUCGGCACCUACCCUCUGGGACGUCCUCUGAGCGAGGGCUGGCGGUUCAUGUUCACUGUGUCCGUCUUCGCUCGCAUCGGCUACUCCGCGGCGUGGAUGUUCAUCACCAACUUCACUCAUAGCUUGCCUUGGAACGAGUUCCUGGCACAGGAUCCGGGCCGCACCUGGCCUGUCCUUCAUAACGUGAUGGCCAUGGUUCUGGGAGGAAAGCACCGCUGGAACGAGAUGCUCUUCCACGACGUCCAUCAUGCUUUUCCAAAUGCCGUCGGCACGCUGAGCCAGCGCGGUCGAUUCCACGGCUGGGAAAAGGUUCAUGAUGCUGCGGCAGAAGUCCUGCACCGAGGGCUCUGGAAACCCAACGGUGAUGAGGAAACGCAGAUGCAGAAGACUCAGAAGAAGCGCUCCAUGAUGAUGCAGCAGGGCAAGUGA